AUGACUACCGACAUUUUCCAGGUUUCGGGAAAGGCGUUUGACUAUAUCAUAGUCGGUGGCGGAACUGCAGGCCUCGCAUUGGUGAAUCGGCUCUCGGAAGACCCCUCUGUAUCUGUCCUCGUACUGGAGGCAGGGAAUGCAAACCUAGACGAUCAAGUAAAUCUGCUUCCGAUGCAGAGGAUGGCUCAAUUGAAUAAUCCCAAGUAUGAUUGGGCAUAUAAGACGGUUCCUCAAGCGCAUUCAAACAAUCGUGAAUAUGUAUGGCCUCGUGGGAAGGGUCUAGGCGGAAGCUCAGCAAUCAAUUUCUUGGUGUGGAACAAACCUGCCCGAGAGUACUUAGAAGCAUUCAAUGAGCUUGGUAACGAGGGCUGGAACUGGGAGAGGUUCGAGAAGUAUUCUAAGAAAUCCGAGAAGUUCACGAAGCCAAACCAUGAUCUGGAUGUUUUGUCGUUCGAGAUGGAGCACCGAGGCAACUCCGGUGCUGUUGAGGUCUCCUUUCCUCCUGUGAUUUCUGGUGUCGAGAGACCAUUUCUGGCAGCAAUGACGAAGAACGGCGUUGCUCGUGUCCUAGACUUCUCUUCUGGAUAUACAAGCGGUACAUCCGCCACGGCCACGACUGUAGACCCGAAGACUCAUUUCCGUGCCUACUCCGCUAAUAUGUACUAUCAACCGGUGUCGUCUAGGAACAAUUUGACAGUCAUAGUUUCAGCACACGUUACGCGCAUUGAGACCAAAGCGAACGUGGAUGGUACUGUGACAGCGACCGCGGUUCAUUUUCUCCAUGGCAAUACCUCCCACAAAGCCUUACCUAACCGAGAGAUGUGCCUAUCUGCUGGUGCCAUUGCGUCGCCGCAGAUCUUGGAGCUCUCGGGUAUCGGAGAUCGUGCCGUUCUAGAGAAGGUAGGAGUCGACGUCAAGUUGAAUCUGCCCAGCGUUGGUGCGAACGUGCAAGAACAUUUGUGGAGUGGGCUCAUCUACGGUAGGGGCUUUGAUCUUAUCCAGACCAUUGCUAAUGGGCUUCACGCAUCUACAGAAGUUGGGAAACGCGAGAUUGACGGACAUGAAGUAAACACAUUGGAUCCCCUCUUUUUUCCAGAUGAGGCUGCGAAGCACGCCGCCUUGUACCCUGAGGGGAAGGGUCUGCUGAACUGCAACACAGCCAGCUUGACCUUCUUACCUUUGAGCGCGAUCUCCUCCGAAGGAGCCAAGAUUCAAGAUAAAUUGGCCGAAACAAUUGUCAAGAACAUUGAAGCCAAAGCAUACCCAAGCGGCCUUCAGAAGCAGUACGAGUUGCAGCUCAAACACUUGAAGCAAAAGGUUCCCAGUCUCGAGGUGAUGCUUGCUCCGGGCCCUAUAGCUCUUCCGCCGACUUUGGCUGUCGAUAAGAAACAUGUGACAUUGUGCUUUGCGCUGAACAACCCAUUCUCGCGUGGAACCAUACAUAUCGAUUGCAAAGAUCCGUUGGCCUACCCUCGUAUUGAUCCCCAUGUUCUUGAGGAAUCGUAUGAUCUGCUGACGAUGGUCGAGCUCGUCAAAUUUGUUCGGAAGCUCGCGCAAACUGAGCCGCUGAAGAAGGAAGUUGUCCCUGGGAAAAAGGUUGAGAAUGACGACCAGAUUGCUGAGUGGCUUCGCGGCAUCGUUGACUCGAUUAAUCACACCGUUGGCUCCUGCUCCAUGUUACCACUCGCCGAUGGUGGGGUGGUAGACUCGAAGCUGAAGGUAUACCAUACCACGAAUAUCCGAGUGGUUGAUAUAUCAGUGGUACCGCUACACAUCGGGAGUCACACGCAAGCCUUGGCCUAUGCUUUAGCAGAACAAGCUGCCGAUAUCAUCAAGGGCCAAAUUUAA